UUUUAUUAAAAAAAAUUCGACGCACAUUUAACGAGCGUAUGUUUUUAAGAUGCGACCGACCCGUUCAUUGCGACCAGCAGUCCGAUAGAAGACACCAGAGUGUCCGGAUGAACAGUACAGUGGCACGGAGUUGUAAAAAAAGUGAAAUGAAUUUUAUAUUGUCGAAAUUAAUGUGGCAGAAUGGAACAAGAAUUAAUCAAUAUUUGUUUGCGACCAUAAUAACAAUACCACUGUUGAGCUUUGGUAUGGUACAAGGAUGGCUGUCUCCUAUGAUAUCUGUGCUGCAAUCGCCCGAGGGUCCGUCUCCGGAGCCGUUCAGCAGCACGGACAUAUCCUGGGUGACGUCAGUUACUUACAUCACAGCUAUCAUAUUCGGCGCGCCGAUGGGAUAUUUGACAGAUCGGUACGGUCGGAAGAUAAUGACCCUUCUUACAACGUUGUCGCUAAUUGCGUAUUGGCAGAUAAAGUUACUAAGCUUGGAACCCUGGGCAGUGAUACUGGCGCGUGGUAUAGCUGGCAUACCGUGCUCCGCAUGCUACAUAGUCCUGCCUAUUUACUUGAAGGAGAUCAGCGAUAUAGAUCUGAGAGGCGCGCUAGGAUCCUUGCUUAUACUGAACAGAAACAUCGGUUACCUGGCAAGCUACAUUGGCGCUGACUUACUGGAGCCGACUACAUUACUUUGGAUAGGAUUGUUUGUUCCUACCGUCGUGUUCUUCAUCUUCCUGCUUAUGCCGGAGACGCCCGAGUUCCUCGUCAAACAGGGAAAAGUCGAUGAAGCCAAAACUGUAUUGGCUUGGCUCCGAGGUGUGUCGACAUUAGAUAGUAAAGUGGAGGAAGAAGUAGAGGGCAUAGUGAAGGCUGAAAAACGUACACAGUCUGACUCCAAAUCAGUAUGGGGAAUUAUACUAAAGGAUAAGCCGACAUUCAAAGCGUUCAUAAUAACAUUGGUGAUCAAGAUAACGCAGCAGUUUGAUGGCUACCUGAUUGUACUCAUCUACGCUGGCUUCGUGUUCGAGCGCGCGGCUGACUACAUCAGUCUCAAGCUCAGCCCCAACAAGCAGAUAAUAAUGAUAGGUGUUGUGCAGCUGCUGGGCUCGAUAGUCGCCACUUGUAUCGUGGAAAGGACUGGCAGAAAGUUACUCCUGAUUACGACGUCACUUGCGAUGGGCGUGGGUAUGUUGACCCUAUCCGCAUGGUUCUACGUGACCGCGGAGGGCAGCUGGCUGCCGGGCUGGCUGCCAGUGCUGGCAAUGUGUGUAUGCAUCUUCGCUGAUGCAGCCGGCUUCCAACCGAUAUCCUACAUCAUCAUCACCGAUCUCUUUACAUUCCAGUUACGAGGAACGGUGUCGUCAUUCGCUAACAUAUGCGCUAAACUCAGCAACUUCGUACAAAUGAAAUGGUUCAAGAACCUCAGCGAAAUGAUCGGCAUACACUGGACACUUCUGUUCUUUUCUAUUGUCUGCUUUGCCGCUUCCUUCUAUACUGUGAUAUUCUUCCACGAAACGAGAAAUAAGACUGUUGAUGAGAUAUACGCGAAGCUAUCCAGGAGUAGAAAGAAGGAGAGCGAAGAAGAAGUGUCUAAAUCAGGUCCCUAAUGUUUAUUUUUAAAGACAAUUAAUUGAGAUUAUAUCGUUUUGAAAAGCAUUUGUUAAAAAGCACUUUAUGCAUUUAAAAGGUUUAAUUUAAGUACUUUUCGUACUAAGAGGCUUUUCAGCUUUGUAAACAUAGUCAUGUAAUAAUUAUGAAGUUGUGUUUAACCAAUGUGAGUUAAAAUUUGCUUAUAAUGUAAACGUUGUUUCGGCAGUAGAAAAAAAUUGUACAUUUUUUUAUUUAAUUGACUGUAAUUACGAGAGUUCUGAAGUGUCAUAUUUGUACAAUAAUUUUAUUACAUCUGUAUAUAAGUUAUGUUUUAGCGCGCAAUUCUAGACUGAACUAUCGCACAACUGUUUAGUCUUGCUUUGAUUCCCAUGAGCUUAUAUGGAAGUACACUACUCCAUUUUUAG